UGACCAGUUGACCACGCUCUCUCGCUGUAGCACGAGCGCCAACUGCUGCGGAGCCAUGCCUAUCUCCAGAGACAGUCCAACACCAUCAUGGCUUGUGCAGGAGCCCGAAGGUCACGGGGCCCCCAAGACUCCAGGGCACUGGAAAACCAUGUGGGCAAGCGACUGCGCCAGGCUGGAAGAGGCCCACCAAAGGGGGGAUGCCGAAGUCUUGGUCUAUGGCAGAAAAUACGUCGUCGAUAUGAAGGAGCGGACGGUGAGGGCUUUGUACUGGGACGAAAAGCCCGCCGUGAAGCCGGUCAUCCGGGCGACGUACUUCCUCGCGCAGGGCAGUGGCUGGCUACCCUACAGCGAGAAGGACGCGGAGCUGUUGGAGGAUGCCUAUGCCGCUGCCAAGGUGCAGCUUAGGAGCAAGGCGUUUUCGGAGGCUGAGAUCCCCCUCUCCGAUGGGGAGAACAAGGUGGUGAUGACGAAGGUGAACGCGGGCGAAUCCGUGGACGACUAUUUCGCGGACUUCGACAUCGAAUUGGAACAAAAACCGGUGAAGGCACCGUCGAUGUUGGUGUCCACGAUUUACAAGACCGCCUUUCAGGUCCGACGGGGCACUCCAGAGGCGAGCGGUUGGGGCGGCAUCUCAGCCACGGACGAGGACAUACCGCUCGAGGGAGAACCCCCGAAGCACCUCGUGUUCGUGAUACACGGUAUCGGCGAAUCGAUGUGGUCCAGGAAGUCGAGCGCGAUGGCCAGCUUGCGGGCAAGCAUGGCCCCCAUGCGGGACAUGUCUGCGGAGUUCCUGAGGGACCUUAAGAAGGCCGCAAAGUUGGAAGAGGCCGCCACCGCCGCCGCCGCCGAAUCUGCAGCCGCUGCCGAAAAGGACGACACGACGGUAGUGGAAGCAAAGGCGGGCGACGCGAAAGGCGUCGUCACGAAAGCGGAAGAGGGGUGCGAGGGAAAGGGGGAGGGGGCUGAGUCGAAAGACAGCGAGGAGGGGGGAAACGAUGGGGACGAGGAGAGCGGGGGAUACGUGGAGUUUUUGCCGGUGGAAUGGUUUCAUGAGGUGCACGGAAAUGAAGCGGCCGCCGAAGGGAUGAUCCAGGAUAUCACGUUCGACAGCAUCCCCGGCUUUCGAGAUUUCGCCAGCCAGGCCAUCAUGGACGUCAUGUACUACCUGACUCCAGACGUGCAGGUGGCAAUCCUGAAGGUGGUCGGGGAGCAGAUGAAUGAAAUGUGGAAGAAUUUCUGCCGGUUUACCCCCGACUUCUCCGGCAAGGUGUCUGUAAUUGGACACAGCCUCGGCAGCAUCAUCGCACACGAUAUCCUGAUGGCGCAGCCGGUGAAGGGGGAGACGCAGAUCGCCGAGGAUGCUGUCGCGAAGGACAUACCUCUCUUGAGCUUCUACCCGGAGGUCCUUCUAGCUUGCGGGUCACCGAUCGGGAUGUUCCUCGCUCUCCGACAGUCCACCGUCAACAAGAAGAGGCUCUUCAAGUUCCACACCACUAACCGGUUCUUCAACCUCAACCAUCUUUACGACCCUGUCGCUUACAGGCUGGAGCCGCUGCUGGACAAGCGGCUCCGCGACCUUCAGCCCUUGCACGUGCCACACCGGGGCGGCGACCGCAUCCACGUUUCGGUGAAAAAGUUCAACAGAGGCGUUAACGCGGCCAUCGGUCGGAUGACCAAGUCCACCGGAAAGGGGUGGAACAUCAUCCAGAGCAGCAUCAACACAACCAUCAAAUCCGCCAUUGGAGACCCAGGGACGACCGAUGACGAAAAGCCCAUUGCGUCCGAAGAGGUCAUCGAUGCCGAGGACAAGCUUGACGAACGCAUUGACUGGGUGAUCCAGGAGUCCACCCUGGAGGGGAUGCACCCCUGGGCGAGCGCGGUGUUCGCCCACAGCAGCUACUUCACCAAUUUCGACAUGGUGAUGUUCCUCGUCAACCGGCUCAACGAGGGCCUGGAGGGGGAGGGAGAAGAAGGAGGCUCCAAGGAGAGUGAGGAGGGGACAAAAACAGACGAGGGGUCAGAGGCAGAGGAGAAGAAUGAAGAGGGAUCAACGAGAGAGGAGAAGAAAGUACUGGAGUUGGUCGCGUGACGUGAGGAAUGUUCUACAUAUUUUUUGCUUAACCGGGAUCGGUGACCCCCUCUUAUCUCCAAAAGACGCCAUGAUUUCCAGUGUUUCUCGUGUUGUGAGUCUGACGAUAUCCCGCGUUGUCGUGUGAGUACCGGUAUGCAGUGUUACUCGAUUUUUGCGAAGGGGGCAAGGCGAAAGGAGCUGGGCUGGGGGCGCAGGGAGGGUUCUUGUGUAUUCGAUGGUGCUGGGUUUUGGUUGCUGCCAAAGCACAAACAAAUAUCUUCAAAGUAUUAGUCUAUUUGGUUGUUUGUUAUCGUGUCUCGGAGUAUCUUGUCACUCGGUUGACCGUUCGCGCCCAUGUAGGCGUAGUUGUAGUCCACCAGGCACUGGCACUGCGUUCGAGUCCCUGGGCGUUUCGUAUUUCAAUAUCCAUGUGCUCGUUCGGGAUCCGCAUAUUCGGGAAUGAAGAGACACGCAGUCUUGAUUCGCUGUUUUUUUGUUUUCUUAAGGCGGUGUGAGCGCGCACAGUACACUAUUCGUAAAGAGUGUCGCGAGACGCGCUUGGGCGAGGAGACGCGCUUGGGCGUCUCGAUGGUUUUUCCGUACGGGAGCACGCCGUCGAACUGGACACGAAUCAGCCCACGAUCCAGCCAAUCACUCGGCCCCCCCGUUCAUUUAGCUUUCCUGAAACGGGGCUCUGUCUCGACCCACUUAGUUUUGAGUUUCGUGUGGCUUUUUGGAUUUCUUGCACUGGUUGGCGAACAGUGCCCACAGCGUAUUCAAUAUAGGGAUCGUCUCGCGAGAGAUGUGCCGAUAUUUUCGUUCUUGCACCUAUCAGGGGUUGGGUACACGGCAUUCUUGCCCCCCC